CGGUGACUCAAUCAGUCAAUGGCAUUGACUCAUAAGUUUAAACCGGCAGAUUGGCUAGUGCGAUUACAAUCACACCGAUUAUUUGAGACCAUUGAGAUGAAAGCACUCGAUUAAACUAGCCAUGCAGUGGAGCCCUUGUUCGCACAUCGAGUGGAGCCCGACCCCAGCAAUUCGCUAUCAUAAUACGAAACCGGCGCUGCAUCCCAGUCACUUGCUAAUCCUCAAAAUUUUCUGUCAUCUCCAGACAAUGUCUUUUCCCAUUCCUUUUCUAACUGUUCCCCAUUCACAGGAUUCAUGAUGAAUCUCACCUCCGUCCGUGAGGCCAAAUGGGGCCACGAAUGGCGCUCCUCCUCGUGGUUCAUCGUCGCCGCAAUGGCGAUGGCCCUGUUCACAGACACAUUCCUAUAUACUUUCCUUGUCCCGAUUCUCCCCUAUGUGGUUGAAGAUCGCCUCGGUUUAGACUCCUCGCUGACACAACGGAUCAGCUUCGCCUUGCUGUCCGAAAGUGCCGCCGUGGCCGUCGUGCUGAAUCCGUUCAUUGGACACUAUGCUGAUAAGUCGGCAUCGAAGCGAGUCUGGCUGCUGUCGGCACUGGUGGCCGCCCUCCUGGGCUCGGUGUAUCUAGCGCUAGCGACGUCGGUGGUCCACAUUUUCAUUGGCCGAUUUAUUCAAGCCAUCGCCAGCUCGUUCAUGUGGGUGGUGGGGUAUGCGACGAUUGCCGACAGUGUCGACUCAAAGCGUCUGGGCAUGAUAUACGGGAUCAUCUCGGUGGCGGCGGCUGUAGGCUUGUCGGCGGGACCAAUGGUCUCGGGUGUGCUGUUCAAAAUCGGCGGUUAUUGGACGGCUUGGGCUAGCGCGUUUGCGAUCCUUCUUGUGGAUAUUGUUCUGCGUUUACUGAUGCUGGAGAAUUCGCGGAGGAAGAGAGAGAAGCAAUCGGAUUCUUCCCCUGCGGAUGACGGCCCAAUCGAGGAAAACUCGCCGCUUCUCCACCCGGACAACGACACAUCGACCGCCCCUCGCGCCACGGCUGCACCGGAGACAAUUGAAGAAAAGACAGGUCUACAAUUCUACGUGUACAUGUUUCGGCACCGUCGAUUCGUAAGCGGGGUCCUGAGCUAUUUUGUCUUUGCGAUAUUGAUCUCCAGUUUCGACACGACGCUUCCCCUGCACGUCCGCGAUGCGUUCAAUUGGGAUAGCAUGCCCGCGGGACUGAUGUUCCUGGCCUUGCAAGGUCCCGGCAUUGCGCUCAGUCCCCUUGUUGGCUGGCUGAAGGACCGCGUUGGGACGCGGAUCCCCACCACGAUUGGUUUUCUGGGCUUGGCCCCUCUGUUGUGGCUGCUCGGGGUGCCAGGGGAUGAGCGUUUCCCGUGGGCGAAUGAAGGCCACAGGGGGCAGAUUAUCUACGCUAUGGAUGUGACGGCCGUGGGAAUCGUGUCGGUUUUACUCAAUGGUGUUGGCGUACUCGAAGCUACCGCGACCGUUGAUGAAAUUGAAAACCGACACCCUGGCAUAUUCGGACCCCAUGGCGGAUACUCCAGGGCCAUGUCAAUAUGCAGCCAGAGCUGGACCAUUGGAGCUUUCUUUGGGCCAAUUCUUUCGGGCUACAUGGCGGAACAUAUUGGAUAUUACGAGAUGACAAGCACGAUAGCGGCAAUAUGCGCCGCUUCUGCUGUCAACACUUACUGGAACCUUAGGCCCAAGGCGCAUCUAAAACACGGGGAGCUUGAACCCGACCCGCUUCCGUGACUUAUGUCGUAGUCAUUCUGUGAGAAAGACGGAGUAUCCGUAUGCGGAGCAGAUAAGUGGAUAGAUCGCAUGGAGCUCCACCGUGGACUUCCUUUGUCGGUGACCUGCAGCAUCAUAGACGACGGAUCAAGUCCCGCUUGUCAUUGGGACUGCUCAAAACAAACUAAAAGCAUGAAUAGACAUGAUGACUCCGAGACAAAGGCAAAGGAACAAUGCAUGACUUUUUAUUCGCAGACAAGGUAAAAGUCUAAGAAAGAUAUAGAUUGAUAGAGUUGGGGAAGUACAACCUCCGGGUUUCCUAAGACACGAAGGAAAAAGGAAGAAGACCAUUGAGUCUUAAUUCCUAAAUCUCGAGACCCGCAUUGUCCCCCUUUUUGAAGACUAUGCAGUAGAUAGAUGGACACUGGG